AUGAGGGAUGAGAAGGUCAAGAUUGACACCCCAAAUCCCCUUGAACUCCACAAACCCAUUGGGUCACCAGUGCAAAGACAAGACAGCUCGUCAUCCUCAUCCAGCUCUGAUGAAGAAUCCAAGAAGCACAAGACAGCAAGUCAAGCCUCAAUUCAAACUCUCCAACACGCGAACAAUCCAUUCAAAAAGGACAAGAAAGACUCAAGUCCUCCAGCUCCAGCAGCAGUGAUGAGGAUGAGAAGGUCAAGAUUGACACCCCCAAACCUCCCGGUGGAACUCCACAAACCCAUUGUGUCCAGUCCAGUGCAAAGACAAGACAGCUCGUCAUCCUCAUCCAGCUCUGAUGAAGAUUCCAAGAACAAGGGUCCAAGCAAGCCAGGAUUCCAAGAACAAGGGUCCAAGCAAGCCAGGUUCAAGUUGCCAACCAUUGAAAAUCCAUUCAAAAAGGACAAGAAAGACUCAAGCUCCUCCAGCUCCAGCAGCAGUGAUGAGGAUGAGAAGGUCAAGAUUGAGACCCCCAAACCUCCCGUUGUUGAACUCCACAAACCCAUUGUGUCCAGUCCAGUGCAAAGACAAGACAGCUCGUCAUCCUCAUCCAGCUCUGAUGAAGAUUCCAAGAACAAGGGUCCAAGCAAGCCAGGGUUCAAUUGCCAACCAUUGAAAAUCCAUUCAAAAAGGACAAGAAAGACUCAAGCUCCUCCAGCUCCAGCAGCAGUGAUGAGGAUGAGAAGGUCAAGAUUGACACCCCCAACCUCCCGUUGUGGAACUCCACAAACCCAUUGUGUCCAGUCCAGUGCAAAGACAAGACAGCUCGUCAUCCUCAUCCAGCUCUGA